AUAACUAAAAAAAUAAUAGAAACCUUGGAAUAUAAAUAGAUGAAGAGAUAAAUCCAAAUUUGAAGGAAAAGCUUUCACAAGGAUUUUAUUGAUUUUUCCUUAACAAUUGGCCAAGACACAAAAAAGAGAGAGAGCAAGCGCAUUCACGCUCUCCUUCACUCUCUCAGUGUCGGCUUGCUUUUGCCAUUUUUGUUUUGCUAUUCACAUUCAUAACCAAAUCGGCAAAAAAUUAUCAAUUGGUUUCGUUUAAUAAAAUAAGAAAAAAAAAACAAAAACAUAUCACACAAUAAAAUGCGUAAACGCAAUUUCUAUUACUAAAUAGGCGUAAACCGGCAAAUUAAAUUCAAAAAAUCCGCCCCAUUAAUUCCAAAAGUGUGCCAUAUUAAUCUACAUCCAAUCCCCCUUCCCCACACCGCGUCAUGCUGAACAGUCGGAGCCCCCCACAAUAUAAGAAACUAGCAACGGGGGGCUCCGCUAGCUCGGUCAAUGCCAAUUGCAACAACAGCAGUAGCAGCAGUUCCUCAUCGCCUUUGUUGUUGAGUCAUUAUCAGCCAGCAUACGGUCAUCAGAGUCAAGGCCAUUCCCACGCCUGUUAUCAUCAUCAGCAACAGCAGCAGCAACAGCAGCAGCAUCAUCAGUCGGUCCAUUCAUCGCAUCAUAGCAGUCGCACAUCUCUGACACCCACAAUGAAGCGCAGCAAGAAACACUGGGGCACCAGGGAGCGAUCCGGCAUGAGUUUCCUAAUAGUUAUCGCAUUUUUUGCCGUCUUUGGAUUGAUCAUAUUGACAGAGGUUUUUAUGAUCGACGAGCGUACACACGGUGGCAUGCUGGCCAUGCGAGCGGGCGGCGGUGGUGGAGCUAGUCUGGGAGGGCGACUGGGUGACUCGAUGCCGGAUUAUGAUAAUGUUAAGGACGAUUACGAUCUAUUAGAUGACAGCAUUUUGAGUGAUAGUAAAUUAGGUUUUAUACAAUUCCACGACAAUAAAAUAAAAAUUCAAGAAGCCGCAGGUGCUGAUGGACAACGCUAUGCCGGCAUGCUGCUCAAUGGAGCUGCUGGCGGAGGAGGUGGCGGAGGAGGUAGUGCUGGUGCAUUUGGUGUGAAUGUCCCAUUGAUACCCUGGGGCCAGUUGCUGCCUGAUAAGGUGGAGGAGACAUUGCCGCAUUUUCCAUUUGGCACGGCGCCCAGUGAUGGCGCCUGGCAGGUUGUCAAUGGCACUCGCUUCAAAUUCUUUGUCUAUUCCGCCUAUUUUGAUCGGCGUGAUGGUGCACGACUUGUACGUGUUGUUGGCGCAACAAAAACACGUGGACCAGAGCGUGUCUGGUGUAGAUUUUGGUAUGCUCCCAACAAUGGCAAUAAUACUGAAUCAGCAACAACUCGCGGCAAAUAUACAUCGGCAACGGUCAUGGCUAGAGUUAAGAUUAUACGCGAAAAUUGGAAUCUCAAGUACAGCGCUUGUUUUAUUCUAUGUCCAGUUCGGGCACCAUCUCCUGUUCCUCAAUAUGUGAGUGUUGUCUCACGACUUCGAGCGCCGCCUGGCAAUCUGCUUACUCUACGUAAUACCGAUCAGGACAUAGACUUUGCAGUACCUGUACGUAGUAAUAGCAGCGGACGGACUCGCAAGCGAAAGCCACAACCACCACCCAGAGAAGAGAAUAUACCCGAUCGCAUAGCUGUCUGUGUGAAACCAUUUCAUUUCAAUUACGAUCAGGCUUUGUAUCUGAUGGAGUAUUUGGAAUUCUAUGCCCUUCUGGGUGUAUCGCAUUUCACCUUUUACAAUCACACACUGGGGCCACAUGCCUCCUGUGUGCUACAGAGUUACCAGCAGGGUCUGGUGCCCGGCAAUCUCACAGCUUAUGACUUUGCGCCACUACUUCCAUCGGAAGUGGCAAAAAAUGCCACUCCACGGGCAGUUAAAUCUGAUCACUAUCAGUUGCCCACAGUUAGUAUUUUACCUUGGAAUCUACGGAUGCGAAGUCAAAAGGAAAUACGCACUGAGGGACUAUUUGCGGCAUUAAACGAUUGCCUAUAUCGCACAAUGUAUCGGUAUAAAUAUUUGGCUCUGGUUGAUCUGGAUGAAUUCAUUGUGCCACGUUACACUGAUACGCUAAAUGGACUAAUAAGUUCAUUGAAUCAACGUUUUCGCAAUCGCAAUAUUGGAGCUUAUUCAUUCCAGAAUGCUUUCUACUAUCUACAAUUUGCUGAUGAUGCUUUGGCUAGCUCUGGUGUAAGCGGAGGGAAUGAUCAGUUGAAUAGUGUAAGAGCAUCCCUGGUGACACAGCGGAAAACACGAAGGCGCUACAAACUUCAUCCACAAAAACAGCGUUCAAAAUACAUAUGCAAACCAGAGUCUGUUGUUGAGGCCGGCAAUCAUUUUGUGUGGGAAUUCGCUCCUGGUAAAGGAUCCUUAAAUGUGCCACCUACGGAAGCCAUAUUGCAGCAUUACAGGGUAUGCGAAUUCGGCGGUAACGAUUGCAUAAAGGCUCCGUCCGUUGUGGAUCGUAACAGUAUUAGGUAUGUAAAUCGCUUGGUCCAACGUGUCGAUGCUGUUUAUCGGCAUCUUCGACAACGUUGUGAUCUUCCGGCUUUGCCGGCAUUGCCAAAACCAAAACUUUCUCAAGCGCAAACCGAGAGGCAGAACAACGAAAAACCAAAGUUACUACAGAAAAUGCGUGAAUUGAAUGAAAAGGAUACAAAGAAAAUGGACACAACGACAAUGUCGAAGACAACAACGAAACGUACAGUGGUAAAAAAGAAUGUCCCUAUUGCAACUGUUAGCACCCUUGGCAGCACAACUAGCACCACAACUACCACGACAACCACAACCACCACCAGCGCCACAACACCCACAACAAGUCCAGUGAAUCCGUCAAAGAAAACACCACCAGCACCACCACCGCCGCCCCCGCCGGCCAAUGUAAGAAAAAAACGUAAACUAAUUGUAUUUGAAUUGAAUGAUUUUGGUGAUCCUGUGGCUCGAGUGGAAUAUCAAUGAGUAAGCGAAUUGAUUGGCGAUAUUUAAUUGAAUAUAAUCAGUUUUUUGGGUUGUGCUUCGGAGCGGUUGUUUACAAAGUAUUGUAUUUAUAUAAUUAUAGUAAAUUAUCGUAAGUUUGCUCAAUGUAUCAUAUCACUUUGAUAUAUGCACUUGCAUUUUAUAAUUUGCUCACAAUUAUAUAAUAUUGAUAUAUCCUAUUAAUGCCUAAAAGUAGUCCAUACUUUUGUCUCAUUUUUUUAACACAUCAUUUUUCUGGGCACAAUAUCAGAAACUUAAAAUAAAUAUUAUCGAACUUUUUGGCCAAACAUUUUUUGGUAAUCCUAAGAACAACAAAUAUUAAUUCCUACAACAAAAU